AUGUCACCUGUCCCGUUAGUUGCCUUGCUCGGCUUCUUCUUCUUCGUUCCGGCUUUGGGCCAGUCAUCUUCGAGCUGUUCAACCACUCUAAUUCCUACGAACUCGAUAAAGCCUUCCGUUGCUUCUGGGUACCGGGCGGCCCUUGUGGCUACCGGUUUAACUGACCCUCGUUCCAUAGAGUUCGACAGCGCAGGAAAUCUACUGGUUGUUCAAGCAGGCGCGGGGAUUGAGAGUCUUCAGCUGCAAGAUAAUGGCGGCACUUGCGUGACUGUCAAGUCGAAGAAGACCGUGGUGCAGGCCACCGCCCUCAACCAUGGCAUUGCGUUAUCACGAGAUGGGAAAACACUUUACGCUUCUUCAGCAGAAGCAGCCUACUCGUGGGAAUACGAUUCAGCGAGCUCCACUGUCGGCGACACCAAUAUGACCGUAGUGACGGGUAUGAACACAGAUGACCAUACUACGAGGACCCUCCUCAUCUCUCAGAAGGUUGACGGCAUGCUUUUGAUCAGCCGAGGAAGCACUGCCAACAUCGAUCCAGCAGCGGAAAUGCUUUCUUCAGGCCACAGUCAGAUAAAGGCUUUCAACCUUAACAACAUCACGGCGGAUGGCUAUUCGUAUGAUACGGAUGGGCUACGUCUUGGUUGGGGGCUUCGCAACUCGGUUGGUGUCGCUGAGCAUCCGACUACUGGUGGUAUCUUCUCCGUGGAAAACUCGGUCGAUCAGGCCACGCGUGAUGGCCAAGAUGUCCACGAGGACAACCCUGGCGAGGAAUUGAACUUUCAUGGGUACCUCAACGGAACUCAGUAUUCAGCGCAGGGCAGCAAUUAUGGAUAUCCCUAUUGCUUCGCUGCUUGGGAUCCAAGCGACUUACCGGACAAUAGUAAUUUGACAGUCGGCAGCCAAUUCGCUAUUGGAAAUAUGAACAACACUAUCAAUGAUACUUACUGCGCAGAGCAGACACCGCCGAGGUUAACUUUCGAGGCGCACAUGGCGCCACUAAACAUUGUGUUCAACAACAGCGGCAACGAUGGCUGGGUCACCUUUCAUGGGAGCUGGGACCGCACCGACCCUUCCGGCUACAAAGUCUCCCUCAUCUCCUUUGCCGACGGCGGCGAACCCGUGGCUCCGGCGAACAGUAACACGUCCUACACAGACAUCGUCGCAAAUGCCAACAAUACCGCCUGUCCAGGGAAUUGCUUCAGACCAGUGGGGUUAGCUUUUGAUAGCCAGGGUCGCAUGUUCUUCAGCUCUGAUGCUAGUGGUGAGAUCUAUGUCGUGACAAAGGAUGAGACAGCAAACGGUACGACUGGGAGUAGCUCGUCUGGCAGCGGUUCUUCUGGUGCCAAACCCAAGUCUGGUGCGCAGAGGCAAGGAGUCUUUAGUACUGGUACGCUGGUGCUUUCUGUGCUUGCAUGUUGCAUAGUACUAUGA